AUGUCGAAGCCGUCGGACCUAGCACCAUGGGAGAGCGCCGUUGCAGGUGCGGCAGGUGCAGUUAUCGCCAAUGCUAUGGUAUACCCGCUUGAUAUUGUCAAGACGAGGUUACAAGUCCAGAUCAAGAAGCGGAACCAAGUCGUAGAGCACACCGCCGAACACCAUCACUACGAGUCGACGUUUGACGCCAUCAAAAAAAUCAUCGAACACGAGGGCAUUCAUGGUCUAUAUUCGGGAUUCCAUGGUGCGCUUCUCGGUGUAGCCUCCACAAACUUUGCGUAUUUCUACUGGUAUUCGGUGGUGCGAGGCCUAUACACAAAAUAUGAGACUACCCCAGGAACGCAUCCGGGCACAGCAGUCGAGUUGGGUUUGGGAGCUGUCGCUGGAGCGAUUGCACAGAUAUUCACGAUCCCUGUUGCAGUCGUCACUACAAGGCAGCAAACGCAGCCGAAAGGCCACAAGAAGGGCUUCUGGGAGACAGGGAAAGAAGUCGUCCACAGCGAGGACGGCUGGAGCGGACUAUGGAGAGGUCUGAAGGCCUCUCUAGUGCUGUGUGUCAACCCAGCAAUCACCUAUGGCGCCUACCAGCGUUUGAAAGACAUCUUGUACCCUGGACGGGACAGAUUACAUCCUUGGGAGGCUUUUCUGCUCGGAGCUCUCUCCAAGUCCCUAGCCACGUUGACCACCCAGCCACUAAUCGUCGCAAAGGUUGGACUCCAAUCCCGGCCUCCGCCAGCCCGCGAAGGCAAGCCCUUCAAGAGUUUUAGUGAGGUCAUGGCCUACAUCAUCGAGCACGAAGGGCCUCUUGCCCUCUUCAAAGGAAUCGGGCCUCAACUAGUAAAGGGUCUGUUGGUGCAAGGUCUUCUCAUGAUGACGAAGGAACGAGUGGAAUUGCUUUUCAUCCUGCUCUUCACUUAUUUCCGUGUCCUCAAAGAGAAGAGAUUGAAGGCUAUUGCGGAGAAGUUGAAGACCAACACAACUCCGUUGACCAAUGGCUUGAAGAGCAGAGCCAUGCCCGUUGCAGAAAACGUGCUGGACAAGGCUAAAGCUGCUAUUCCGGCCAGUGUGAAAUAA